AUGUCCAAGGAUGAGGAACACCCCGUAAGUGAAAAUGGAUCAUUUUCAUCGCUGUCGGAGCCGACAGUGACCGAGCGUGAGGAGACCAUCCACGAGGAAGUCAGCGAGGCCAUCCGUGACGCGGAGCCCACCCACUCAACACCGAACAUGGUUUCGUGGCUAGAUAAAAUAGGACAGGCAAUCAAGGAUGAUAACGCCUCAGAGCUCGAGGAUCUGCUGCCUAUCAAAUAUAUCGAUGAAAUCUUUGAUGUUAAGUCGCGACUAUUGCCACUUGCAGCGGAAGAGGGAUUGGUUAUCUGUCGUUGCACUGCCGUUGUUUGGGCGUCUGCGAUGGGCAGUGAGAGGAUCGUUGAGAGUCUUUUGCAACGAGGAGCGGAUGUGUUGACAGCAAAGGCUGCAAUCGGCUUAGCAGAAAGCGAACGGACCCCCCCCGUCUCUGCUUUUCAUCUGGCAGCCAUGAACGGACACGCUGGCAUACUGCACAUUCUUCUAGACCACAAUCCGGAAUUCUUGGAACUUCGAACGGCAGAUGGUGAAACAGCUCUCUUCCUAGCAGCGCAGGGAGGGAGUGUCAGUGCCAUUACAUAUCUACUUGAAAUGGGGGCGGACCCUGCAGCAACACAGCUUUUCAAACAGACUGCAUUGCAUGAGGUGUGCACCCGCGGCCAUGCGGAAGUGUGCCAGGCCCUUCUGAAAGGCAUAUUGCGCAGCGACGAACCCAACGGGGGCGCGGUGGCAAAGGCAGUGAUAACCGCCAGAGAUUACAAGAAUCAUACUGCAUUAGACAAGGCGGUGCAUUGUGGCCACACCGGAAUCGCAUUGCAGCUCCUCGAAACACAGGUGUAUUUCCCUCGCACCUUUUUCACAGAUGAAGUAAUUCGCGCAAAUACGUCCUAUGAGGAAGAGUACUCGGGUCAUAUCCUGCUUAAGAAAUGGCUGGACACUGCAGACGAAGCUGAGAUCUUGCGGCACGGUGCAGCGGUCUGCUACUGGGCCAUUCUACUUGAACAUCUAGACUUUCUCGCCCUCUGCCACAGAGUGUCUCCCAACAGAGAAGACGCAUCCUGGGUGCAUGUCGCUGCGAUUGCAGGCAGUGUGCCCAUCAUGCAACGGUUUCUCAAGGAAGGGGGAGACAUACUGGCCUCCGGCAGGGCUGGAAUAAGGCCCCUUCAUCUGGCUGCAGCGCAUGGGCACUAUGCUCUAGUGAAAGAGGUAUUGCUGCCUUCCCUUUACUCCAGAUGCGAGAAGAAUUUCUAUCAUUCUCUAGAGAUGCUUCUUCUACCCGCCGAGGGCGAAAUUACGGCAGUUGAAUUCGCCGCUUUGGGGGGUACAGGACGUCAGGACGAGGUGGAACGGCUCCUCUGGAGUGAGGUGCAUCGGCUCAUUUCGGAGCAAGACAAACGCGAGAAGCACGGAUUCUUCCGUGGGCAGCCUGAGAUGGCGACUAAGGUCUUGGAGCUAGCAGCCAGAUGUGAGACUCCAGGAAAAGAGGACAACUUGCAUCGAUUUUUCAACAUGAUCUUGCCACAUUUCCGGCAGUUCUAUAUCUCAGAGCUUGGCCUAGAACCGGGCCGAAAUGCCUUGCACUGGGCAAUUGCUUAUCAAGAGCCCACGUUAGUUUGGUGGCUGCUUGCCAAUGGAGCCUACCUCAAUGACAGUGAUAUCAACCUUGGUAUCACUAUCAAUGAGCGCGCGAAAGAACAUGCUUUGCACGCUAAAAAACAUGGUUUCACUCCAGUGGCCCCUGAAGUGAAUACUAUGAUCCAGGAACUGCUUUCUGACUCUCCUCCUAUUCCAAACCAUCCGGUGCUACGUGGUGAUAACAACGCUCCCGCGUUCAGGUCCGAGCCCAAGGAAUAUGGCAAUGCUCAGGCGGUUAUCACGGACUUUUACCAGGUUAAAGAUCGAUUCACCUUCCAGCCUAAGCGACGUCAGAUUCGAGACAUCAUAUAUGAAGUAGGACCUCAGGAAAUCAUGCACCACACCAAAUAUCGCGACAUCUCCACAAUAAAGGCCAGGCUCCGUGUCGUAAGACCAGACCAGAAAAUGUUCCGGCACCGGGGUCACUUUAUGAGAAGUUAUCUGCUGACAGAGGCGACUCAAAUUUCAGAACCAAGGAUGCAUCACCUGAGAUGGUUUCACUUUCCCGAUAACGAUUUCGCCCAGCUACGAUGCGCCGAGGAACUAAUGGUGAGACUCACUCGAGACCAAGGCCUAAAAGCCAGAGACCACCGUCCCCUGGCUCAGUUUGUACGGGAUAGUUGUAUCCAACUACCUGCCGGAGGCAAGAAGUUCUAUGUGAAGCCGCAGUGUGUGACCAAGUUGGGAGAGCAUAGUAUAUCACAAAAAGGGUCAUCAGGAGCCUUUCCCCAGUGGAUGUCAGCAACAGAAGAACCCAUAGCGGUCCCCAAAAAGAGAUUGUGGGCGCAAAGGCAGGAACCGAGAGGAAUUAAUGAUGAGAAAGGGAUAGUUUCUCUUUACAUACCGUACCUGUCGUGGAUGGAAUGGCAACCGAGACAAUCUCAGUCGACUCUCGACUCAACUUCGGACCAAAGACAUGAGGUAUCAGUAGACCCAAUACACCAUGAGCCCCUGACUCUCGACCAAUACUACUAUGUCUCACUCGACGAUACCGAGGAUCGCGACAAGACGCAAGUGUUGGGAAGAUAUAUACGAAGGGAAGAGGGGCGCGCUGAGAAUCCGAAACCAAGCGGCCUCCCUAGCGACUCCAAGGGUCCUAGCAAAGCGAAUUUGGUAUCGCCUAAAAAGGUUGCAAGCAAGCAAACGCAUCGUCUGGACCUGCCCCGACCCGAGACACCCCAUCCGAUUCUGUCGGUCGGCCAACUUUGGCUCUGGAUCCUUGACGGUAACACAAUGAUCACUUGCACAUCCAAAGAGCCACAUGGGGCCGACAAAAGCUUCCUGAAACGCGUGCUCGACAGGCUGGACAUUCGCAACAACGAAUCGGCCAUGUCAGCAAAAUCUAUGGCUGAGCUCAUUGCUAGUACAGCCGUCGAGCUUUUGAAUGAAAAGCACAUCCCGAUUCUGGGAAACAAAGUAUCGCCACUCGAGGUAUUCCGAGCUUCUAUUGGAUAUGUGCGCAAUUCCGAAGCAGAUCUUUUUAGGAAGUUUCAGGCAUCACUCGAAGACGAAAACAAAGCAGAAGCGAUGGCUAAGCCAGGAGUAAAGACCACCGAUCUAGACGAAUAUCACAACAUCGCGACAGAAACAGAUCUUCUUCAAGAGGUUAAGGAUAUAUGCGACGAGCUAAAUAUAUUAAAGACAUUAGCUGAGGAUCAGGAACAUGUUUGGAGGCAGGCCUCGGAAGCCCUGGGCGAUAACAAGCCUACCUUCUCGAACAACGCACCCACAGAGGUCAAGAAGACGAUUACGGGAAUGAUUCACGAUGCCGAAGUCGUCCAAAAAUCCAUCGACACCCUGCUAGAUCUAAAGCAGAAGCAAGCCAAUCUGACGGAAGCCCAGUGGACGAGGCGGCAGGCACAAGACACGGCGAAGCAGACUGAUACUGUUGUCUGGUUUACUGUUGUCACUAUCAUUUUUCUCCCCCUUUCCUUCCUUACAAGCUUAUUCGCCUUGAAUGUCAGCAGCUUUCCGCACGAGGGGGGCGAGGUUUCCUAUCAAGGGUGGUGGAUAUUUCCAAUCAUUUGUGAGUAG